AUGGACACGGCUACCCUAGUGCCUCCGGCAAGGCCCGAGGACGAGUAUAAAUGUCUACUCCUUCCACGUCCAGUGCAGAACGAAAGAGCCGCCGCUCUCGACAGCCAGGCGGGUAAUGCCCCAGGGAGAAACGGCACAACGUGCGGCGACGAUCUCGGCGCAAUGUGCGGGACCUGCCCGUAUUCGUCUGCUAUUAUUAGAGCCCGGGAAGCCGUAGACUGCAACGGCAAAGCUGAUGGCGAUGUCGGCGGCAGAGGUGGUGCCACGGUCAGCGACCGUCGAUGUCCUUCGAGCAAUUCUCACGAGUACUGCGUUGACACGUGGAAGCUCGAUGACGUGGCAAUUACCUUGAAAAAGGACCAUUUUGAUUGGAAGGGGCGUCUACUCCACGGGCUGUUCUGGGCCGUCCCGCUGCUGCUCCUCGUGCUAGUGCCGCAAUUCGCGGCGAUGACGAGCGGUCCGAGAGAUCUCACGCGGCUCGUUGACUUCCCGCGAGGCGUAAGAGCGGGAAGCGAGGGGGGAGUGAUGGUCGAGAUUGAGACGGAGAGCGGAACGGUAACAGAGACGUUAACGGAGGCGGCAACCGAGACGGUAACUGAGACGGUAACGGAACCUGCUGCGGCAGCGGUGCGGGACGUGGCGGAAGCGGACGGGAACGUGGAGCGUGUGGCGGAAGAGAAGGGUCCGGAUUUUCCCGUGGGGGAGGGGGAUGCGGGGGUUGCGGAGAAUGAGGAUGUGGGUGUUGCGGAAAAUGGGGAUGCGGGGAUCGCGGAGAACGCGGAGGCGGGGGUUGCGGAGAACGAGGAUGGGAUUGAGGAUGUGGACAGGAAUGGUGGAAGGCAGAGCGAAGAGCGAGGGAAUCCGGACGAUGUUUUGGACUGGACUCAAAAAUCACCUCCGGAAAAUAACCUGUCGUGCAAGAUCGCGGAAGCGGCUUUUCUGAAUCGCACGCUUGUACUCGAUAUGGGGUUGUGCAUUAACGGAAUGCACAAUGGCGGGACUGCGAGUGUUCACGGCCUGCAUUACUACUACGAUCUGCCCUCCCUCAGGUCCGCCAAAUUCACACCCCUAAACGGGUUUCUGCAGGGUCUGAGGGAGUGGCGGCGGCAGCAGGAACAGGAGGGAGAGGCGGGGAGCAACAGGGGGGAAGGGGCGCAUGGAAAGGGGGUGGCGACUGGAAGGCGAUUGAGGGGUGUACCUGCAGGGGAGGGUGUAUCUGCAGGGGAGGGUGUAUCUGCAGGGGAGGGUGUAUCUGCAGGAGAGGGUGUAUCUGCAGGGGAGGGUGUAUCUGCAGGAGAGGGUGUAUCUGCAGGGGAGGGUGUAUCUGCAGGAGAGGGUGUAUCUGCAGGGGAGGGUGUAUCUGCAGGAGAGGGUGUAUCUGCAGGAGAAAGUGUGUCAGCUGCAUCACUUUUCGCCUGUGUGGUGCAAGCAGACACACGGACCAGGGCCAUAGCGCAGGACAAGACCACCACGCUCAUCAUUCGAGACGGCCACUACGCAUUUGAGCCGUGCCGCGGCAAGCUCUCCCACUGGCCCAACCUGCGAUUCGAUUACAUCACAUCGAAUGAGUCGGCCAUUCUAUUCCGCCCGGAGCUGAGGGGAUUAGCAGCCAACAUGUCGCAGUCUAUGAAUGGUGGGGACUAUGAUGCCGUGAGAGUGCGCAGGGGAGACAAGCUCAACACCGCUGUGUGGCCACACGUAGCGAAUGACACAAGCCCUGCAGCUCUUCUGGAGAAGCUCCCCAGGUUCGUUGCACCUGGACGCACGCUGUACAUCGCGACGAAUGAGAAAACGCCAGGGUUCUUCGACCCUUUGAAGACAAUCUUUGCAAUUCGGCAACUUCAAGACUUCGACCACCUCUGGGUCCCUGGCACACCCUGGUUCGAUGGAUACGCGCGAAUCCUGGGUGCGAAUCCGAGGCUCGACCCCUACAUGGAGGCCAUUGUGGAGUACAAGGUUCUGUUUGCCGCGAAAACAAAAGUUUUCACGUUCAACAACCUCACGAGCGAUGCGGAGGGUGGAAUAAGGCCGUCAGCCAUGAAAAGGCAUUGA